AUGAGCUGGUUUUCAGUCGAACCGCCCCAGUCCCAGUCGGCCACUCAGCCAGCGGUCCUCGUCCAUCCCACCUCGUCUCGAUACCAGCCUGGAGACUUGCUCGGCGAGCUCAAAGAUGAGGAUACCUCGUGGUUGGCCCAGUCGUCUGGUUUUGUCACCGAAACACAGACGUUCUAUCUUACCUUGCCCGGCGGCAAGCUUGCGAUGUGUCAAGUGAUCCAUUCAGCCAUCGGACUCUGGUACCCACAAAUCCAAUUCACCUUCCGAUUUGUCGACCAAGCAUCCGGCGUCCAUCACUGGAAGUCUACCAACGUCACCAGCUUCAAGACUCCGCCCGCCCCCUCUGGAUCGUCGUCGGUCAAGUACGAUCGCAGGUCAUGCAAGGCCGACCAAUUCUCGAUCUUGUUAGAUCCUGCACAGCCCGAUCGAUACACGGUAACGGGGAAACACGACGACUCGGUCCAGGUGCAAUUCAGCGUGACCCGGAUGGCAGAUGUGCCCGGAUGGAAGCUUGGGCACGACGCCCGAGGAGGGCUGACGUAUUUCGGUAGAUUGGCAUCCAAGGAGCCGAGCAAGGGCGGCCCGGAUUAUGGGGCGGGCGGGGACGGCUACCUGGUGCAUCGGUUCUGGCCCCGCUGCAGUGUCUCGGGCCGGCUGGUCGUCAAUGGUCAGACGGUCGAGCUCGAGGGCAGCCGGGCCAUCUUCGUUCACGCCAUCCAGGGCAUGCGUCCCAACUUGAUCGCCUCGCGCUGGAACUUCUGCAACUUCCAGUCCGUCCGCCCGCUCGAUUCGUCCGCUGGGGGCGCCGAGGAGACCGACCCGGGCGUCAGUCUGACCCUCAUGGAGUUUACCACCGUCCCCGGCUCGUAUGGCCCACCCCAGACGAUCUCCAUCGGGAGCAUUGUCGUCGGCGACAAGCUUGUCGGCCUCUGCUGCAGCCCUAACCCGAGCGAGCUGGUCGACUCCCAAACCGUCCACCAAGCCCCACUCCUUCAUGAUCUCGACACCGGCUACCAGGCGCCCUCAGCGAUCAAGUUCCAAUGGCUCGCUCCCGUUCUCAACAGCUCAGCCUCCGCCCCCACGUCUGCCGCCGCUGAACUCGUCUUGGAUCUCCAGGCUAAACGACUCUCUGAUAAGGAGAGCUAUGUGACCAAAGGCUUGAUCGAGAAGGUCGACGUUAUGGCUCAAAUCCCCUAUCUCGUCAAGAAAGUCAUCUCCGCCGUUGCUGGAGCACGACCGUACAUCUACACCUGGUUGAACCCCGUCUCAGCUACAAUCACCUUGCCAAACGCCGCCCUCCCGUCCGGACUCGCCAUCAAGACUGAACCAGCCGACGCCGACUCGAGCAAGUUUGUCGUCCAUGGACAUCUCUUCAAUUAA